AUGGGUUUUAGCAGGCCUAGGAACAAACAUUCAUUAUCAGAGGCAAUCUCGGUCUCGCUAGGACUACAAUCGCAGCCUGGCUCCGAGACCGACACGUUGUCUGUCCCGCGCGGAAAUCCUUUUUCGAACGGCGCAGACGGGUCGCCGCACUACUACCUGGGCCGCUCGUACGUCGCCAACCUUUCGCCGCCGCCGCUCGCGAUCAAAGAGCGUUUUUCGGGAGACCCCACGUCGUCGUCCCGGCCCGAGCAGUCGCAGUCGAUCCACCAGUCCCUGAGCCUGCGCCGGCAGACGGCCGCGCUGUCCAACGAGUUCGACGGGACCUUCGAAUUCGAGGACCAGCUGGAAGACCUUGCCGAGAACGGCAACACCGCCGUCCCGGACGAGUCCGUUAUGGCCGGAUCCGCCAUAUCUCCCACGAGCAGCGGGCCCGAGCCCUCUGUUCUCGAUAACACCGACGUGUCCAACCUUCUGCUGCCACCAAACACCCAGCGGGACCUGGAGUACGGCUCGAUAGACGAAUUCGACCACCAGUACGUCUCGCUGCAGUCGCAGCGCGCCGGCUCGAACUCGCGGGCGAUAGACCCCAACGCCUCUAUGCGCGACAAGACGCUUUUCACGUUUCGCCGCCUGGGUAACUAUGUUCCUGCGGUGAUUCUUGGGCUUUUGCUUAAUAUUCUCGACGCCUUAUCCUACGGAAUGAUUAUUUUCCCAAUCACCGAGCCUCUGUUUUCACACCUGGGCCCCAGCGGUCUGUCUAUGUUCUACAUGUCGAGUGUUGUAUCUCAGCUCGUGUACUCUUGUGGCUUCUCUGCAUUCGGCAACGCUGUCGGUAGCGAAAUGAUCGAGAUCACGCCGUUCUAUCACUCGAUGGCCGCCUCGAUCAUGGCCAGCAUGCCCGGCGAGAAAGAUCGUGUUUUGACCACCACCAUUGUGUGCUACGCAAUGAGUUCGAUAAUGACAGGGCUCGUGUUUUUUCUGCUAGGUCGCUUGAAGUUGGGAAAAAUUGUCGGAUUCUUUCCACGCCAUAUCUUAAUCGGAUGCAUUGGCGGUGUGGGGUACUUUCUAGUGAUCACAGGGUUUGAGGUCACCACUCGCGCCUCAAAAUUCGAAUAUUCAUUUGAAUUUUUAUCUAGUCUUUUGACGGAUCCUGAGAUCUUAGGAAAAUGGGGACUCCCAGCUUUAAUGGCGGUGCUGCUCGUUGUUAUCCAGCGCGCCUGCAAAAAUUCCUUGGUUUUGCCCACCUUUUACAUCGCUGCAUUGUUGCUUUUCCACUUUAUAGUGGCCUUAAUUCCCAGUCUUUCGCUUCAUUCCCUACGUGAUUCAGGCUGGGUCUUCCCUGCCACCACCACGACGGAGCACUGGUUUGAUUUUUACAAGCUUUACAAUUUCAAGCUAGUGAGCUGGCCUCUAGUGCUCAAGCAGGUGCCAACAAUGCUAGCGCUGACCUUCUUUGGCAUCCUUCAUGUUCCAAUCAAUGUCCCAGCUUUGGCGAUGUCUAUUGGGCUCGACAAAUUAGACGUCGACAAAGAACUGAUUGCGCACGGCUACUCGAAUUUCUUGUCUGGAAUGAUUGGCUCAGUUCAAAACUACCUUGUUUACACCAACAGUCUUCUUUUCAUCAAGGCUGGCGCUGACGACUCUCUUGCUGGUUUGAUGCUGGCUGCUGCAACUUUUGGUAUCAUGGUGAUCGGGCCUGUUAUUGUUGCUUACAUCCCAGUCUGUAUUGUGGGCUCACUAAUCUUCCUUUUGGGUUAUGAACUGCUGAAAGAAGCCCUUGUUGACACAUGGGGAAAGCUGAACAACUUCGAAUACGCAACUGUUGUUGCAAUCGUUUUUACCAUGGGAGCAUUCGAUUUUGUGCUUGGUAUCAUAGUAGGUAUUUUGAUUGCCUGUUUCUCUUUUCUCGUUGACAGCACAAAAUUGCAAACCAUAAAUGGAGAAUUCGACGGGCAAGUUGCACGGAGUACUGUUCGCAGGGACUACAUCCAGACUCAAUUUUUGAACAAAAUCGGAGAACAAAUCCACGUUUUGAAAUUGCAGAACUUGCUGUUUUUUGGAACAAUCAUCUCAAUUGAAGAGAAAAUUGAUAAACUCUUGGAGCUCAGUGACAAAGACGCUUCUAAAAAGAGGAUCAAAUACUUAAUAUUGGACUUCAAAAAUAUCAAUGCCGAUAACAUUGAUUAUUCAGCCGCAGAGGGUUUCAACAGGAUCAAGAGGUUUACCUUUUCAAAGAGGAUACAUCUAAUCAUUUCUUCCAUCAAAACGACCGAUCGGAUUUAUCGUGCCUUCAACAAAGUCGGCACAUUGGACGGCGUUGAACUCUUUGACGAUCUCAACAGUGCUCUUGAAUGGUGCGAAAAUGAGUUCCUGCGCCAGUUUAGGGACCUGCGCAACAAAACAAAGCUCAAGGCUGUCAGGAAACAAGAAAGGCAACUCAGUAAAGGCGCUUUACCUUUUAAUACCCCUCGGAAUAACCACUUCGUAUCUGUGGCUCAGAAGCUGUUUACUGACGAGCAGUCCAUGCCGCACCUCAAGACCCAUUACAAGGAAAAAACUCCAGUCUUGCAUCUGCUCUUGUCGGCCCUACAGAGGUACCGCCCUGAAAUAAUGUCACCUGAAAAACCUGUGAAGGAAACUGAGGAGAAAAUGUGGUCAGAGCUUGGAAAGUUUUUCUUCAAAAGGAGACUUGCCGCCCAGUCACUUUUGCCACACAAAAACAAUAUCUUCCUAGUAGUCGAAAGUGGCAUGGUCAAGGUCACUUACAACCUGCGCCAAGGCCAGCUCUACGAAAUUCUUUCCGGAAAAACCUGCUAUGGGAGAAUAACUGCGCCAAAUUCCAGCGAAGUCCCAAUAUCCUCUGUUGAGAUCAAGAUGGAAACCGACUGCGCGCUAUGGAUCCUCGACGAAGCUAACCUUGCUAAGCUUAAGAAGGAGAAUCUAGCACUGUACACAGAGCUUUUACUUGUGACUCUCUGCAUGAACCAAGACCGCCUGAAGGAACUCUUGGGCCAUUGCCUAGUUAGCAGCUAA